AUGAGAGGAAUUCCUGUGACUGCCCUAGCGCUGUGCGUGUUGGCCUUGCAAGUAGAUGCGGAGCCUAAGCCGUGUGAGCUCUUCAAACUUCUUGGGAACUUAUUCUCAGGAGGAGCGCAAAGUGGAACAGGAGGAGGAGGAGGGGCCCUUCCCCCGGCGGGAGGUGGACUAGGGGGAGGACCAGCAGGUGGAAUAAAACCAGGAGGAUCAAGUGGACUAGGUGGAGCAGGAGGUAGACCAGGAGGUGGACUAGGUGGAGCAGGAGGUGGACUAGGUGGAGCUGGAGGUAGACCAGGAGGAUCAAGUGGACUAGGUGGAGCAGGAGGUGGACUAGGUGGAGCUGGAGGUAGACCAGGAGGUGGAAUGGGUUAA